UAGGUCGGACUUGGUGGUGCUUUGUGUGGGCGGUUGUGCGCAUGCUCAUUCCGAUGAUUCUGGCGCAGGCGCAGGGAAGCCCCGUGAGCCCGCGCCGCCCCCCCUCCCCGCGCCAGCAAAGGACAUCCUUCGCCGAGUGAUGAAGCGAGCCUCCAUUGCUCCCGCCUCGCCUUCCGCGCAUGCGCGCGCCUCGCCUGAGGGGAAAAUGGCGGGCCUUGAGGCGGCCAUGGAGAGGCCAGGCCCGCCCUGAGGGGAACGAGCGCGGCGACGAGCGACGGCUCCCCUCAUGGCCUCCCUCCCGGCUGCUUCCCCGCCCUCCCCUCCGCCGCCUCCGCCUGAGGAGAAGGCCGAGGCCCGGCAGGCCGCGCUGUGGGGCCGAGCGCGGAGCCUGUGCCGCCGCUUGCGGGCGCUGCAGGCCCGGCAAGUGGAGCGGCACGUCCGGCAGCAGCUGGCCGGCCUGGCGGCGGCGCCUUCUUCCGUCUCUCCCGCCACUUUGGGCCCGGAGCUCCGCCGCUUGGCCUCCUCAGCCACCGCCCGCCUCCGCGCCGCCCAGCUCGGCUGCGACUCCGACGCCACCGCCUCCUCGGCCUCCUCCUCGGUGUCCUCCUCCUCUUCCUCCUGCUGCUCCUCCUCGUCGUCGUCGGACAGCGAGGACCCCGAGGCGCCCCCGCCGACGCCCCCAGACCCCCGGCGACGGCUAGCCGAGCACCAGUGGGCCGUGGAGAGAGCGGCCAUCAUCUGCCGAUGGACCUGGCUGCAGGCUCAGGUGACGGACCUGGAGUAUCGCAUAAGGCAGCAGACCGACGUUUACAAGCAACUUCGUGCCAACAAGGGCCCUGUUGUCUUGGGAGAUCUCCAGCACGGAGGUGUGAUGAAACAGCCAGGUCCAUUAGGCUCUGUCAGAAAGAAUAAAGUCCUGUCCUCCUCCUCCUCUUGCCUCCCAAAGGUGCCUCCUGGAGACCGCCAGUGUAACCCGUCUCCUUGCAUCCCUUCCUACCUCCUGCAGAAUGCAGAGAAACAGAAUUCUCGCCUUGCGCAGUCUUUCAGAAACCUUGUGUGUCAAAACCCCACCUGUGCCCCCAUCAAUGGGUCUCCAGAGCCCCCCAAAGCCUGCACGUCACCCCAUCAAGUCAACGGAAUCAGUAACUGUUUCAACACAGGUCCCUCCCUCAGUCCCCAGGAUGGUGUGAGCCCUGGCCACAUUCUCAAGAAGCCGAAGCCCCCAAGCAACCGCCUGCCUACCCCUCCCGCGACCCUCGACCCCAGCUGCGUGGCUGCCAGGAUCCGUCCCAUUUGCAGAUACAGGAAGCGCAGGCUGGUGAGAGUCAGUGCUGUCUCCCACCUGAGCAGAAAGCCGCCGAAGCCUCUCAGCCUGAAAUGCGGUUGCGAAGAGCCCAAGUCCUGCAUCUUGUGUGGCUGCAAGGCCCCGAUCCAGACUGUGGACCCAGAAACAAUGUCCUUAAAAGAGCGGGUCGCCCUCCUGGAUUCUGGCUUCCACCCCAUCCUCUCAUUUUCUCAUGGCAGCCCUCUUCACUUACACUUUGAAGCCUUGCUGAGAGAGGGCCACCAGCUAAGCCAUAAAAUCAAGGCUCUAAAGGCUCCCAACUGUGGGUUGAAGGACCUAACCAACAACAUUUGUUCAUCGUCUCUCUCCACAUCUGGUUCUCUUCUGAAAGGGCCUGGCGGUCGCAGCUGGUUUGCCACUGGCUUGCCUCAGGCCCACAGGUCUGCUUCUCUCCAUCAUGCGUCGCCUCUGUCCCUGGAAGGCGUUCCCAGCCCAUCCUCCAACCAAGUGGCCGGCAAUUCUGUGGCUGCUGGCAGCUCGGCCUUGCAGCCUGCAAAAAAGAAAAAGGUGGAAUGUUCUUAUGACAUCAACAAUAUCGUGAUCCCCAUGUCAAUGGCUGCUGCGACACGGGUGGAGAAGCUGCAGUAUAAGGAGAUUUUGACGCCACGCUGGAGAAUGGUGAAUCUUGAAGAGCUGAAGUCAUCAGAGGAAGUAGAUUCAGAGGUGGAAGAUACUUCUGAUGAAGCGUAUCUGAACCGUCAUCAUAAAUUUGAGGAAUUGGAACGGGUUCGUUGGGAUUCCUGGGCAGGAAGCCUUUCCCACAGGCGGGCAAACAGGAGCACCAGCCGGUCAGACGGGCGGUGGAUUCCGCAGCCGGGCUCCCCGGAUGCCUCAUCCUAUAACCUGAACCACGUCCCAUGCGCCAGCUCUCCCUCUGGGUCCCUCAGCCCUGAGCUUUGUGGAGCUCUGAGUCCCCUCCUGCUCAAGGGUCGGAGCCGAGGAAGCCUUUCUUUCAGUGAAGACGCCACUCUCUCCAUCUUUGAUGUGGAUGACAGUAUCCAGUGCGAACAGCCAUGGGAGGUGCGGACAUUCCCGCUUUCUACCACAGAACACCAAGCCCUUCUCCGCCCUUCCGAAUGUGUGGGCAAGCAAACAGGUCUCGUUCAGCAGAGGGACGCUGGUGGCAGUCAAGACAACCUGAGGACUAACAGUAUAAACCCCAGCCCUUCUCAUCCCAGGGAGCCUUUUGUGUCCAGCUGGCAGGAGGCAUUUGCCGGCCACCGCGGCACGCCACCCACGCUCCUCAACAACAGAUGAUCGCUCCGGCCUCCGGUGACGUCAGGUAGAGUUGCGUCCAUCCUCUCUAGCGUUGGGCGGCGGCGGCAGCAAUGGAAAAGCACCCUUGUGCCCAGCAAAGCAGAGGCCCAGCUGUGAACUUGGAGCUCGACGAAGGGCUGGAGAGGCUGCCAAAGCCAAAGCCCUGGGCUGCAUGGCGUGGGAAGGAGGCCUCAUCCAGGAAAGCCCAGUCGCAGGUUGAUUCUGGACGAGGAGAACGUCAAUUGGCCAGAAGGUUCAAUGCUGGUGUCGCAAGUGCAGCAACCCCAGGGAACCCCAGAAAGAGCAGCAAGGAGGUUGGAAAACGCAUCUGAAAGAGAGGGAAGCUACGCUUUAUUUUUCCAGUCCAGGCACCUGUGAUUCCGGCAGCGCUUCUUGGAACAGGUGCCCAUCAGUUGAGCAUGUCGUCUUCAGAGGAUUUUAAUGCCAGUUGGGGAGGAGCUGGGUAUCGAUUGUGGAAACUCAUGCACGCAGUUCACAGGUUUUGUCCCCCGGCCCCAGGCGCCAGGGAGGAAUUUAUCUACAGGAUAGUUGAGAUACGCAGGCCCUGCGUAAAUGCCUGCAAGGGAAGAGGAAUGUUUCCCUACUAAUUUUUGUAUGGUUUUUAAUUUUUAAAUGUACUUCAAAAAUCACCAGUUUUCUUAAAAAUAUAAAAUGAAAAAAAUCAUGUUCUCUUGGCCUUGCAGAAAUGCUGUUGUUGCUGAUAAUAAAUUUCAAAUCAUGAUAAAAAAAAA